AUGGUGAUGCCGUUGAGACUCCUGAUUCUCUGCUGGGUUUUUGGGCAAGGGUGUGGCGACACACCACAGUGGUUCCAGGACAUAUCUACUGACCUGUUUCAUUCACCUGGAAACUUCAGCCUGGGGGGGCUUUUCCCCAUCAAUGAGCUCACCAGCAACCUGAGCACCAGAGAGCAGCCUGAUGACAUACACUGUGACAGGAUCAGCAGGUAUGGCCUGGGUCUCUCCCUGGUGAUGAAAUACGCAGUUGAUGAGGUUAACAGCAACCCUGAGCUGCUCCCUGGCAUCAGGAUGGGGCACCAGAUGUUUGACACCUGCAAGCAGUCCUCCGUCAUUGUGAAGCCCACUAUGUUGUUCCUAACUAAGGGCGACACCAAGGAGGUCAGCGUUAUGUGCAACUACACAGAGUACUCCACCCGCGUGAUGGCCGUUAUUGGACCCCAGACCUCUGACAUGACCUCUGUCAUUGGAAAACUCCUCGGUUUCUUCCUCAUGCCUCAGAUCAGCUUUGGCGCCACCAGUGAGAAGUUUAGCGACAAAAGCCUGUACCCGUCCUUCCUACGCACGGUCCCCAGCGACCGUCGGCAGGCAGAGGCCAUAAUCCACCUGCUCAAGAGGUUCAACUGGACCUGGGUGGCCAUGGUGGGGAGCGAAGACGAAUAUGGCAAGCAGGGCAUUUUGGAGCUCUCCUCGCUGGCCUCCAAGAAUGGCAUCUGCGUGUCCUACAAGGGCUUGAUACCCGUCUACUCUGACCCCGUGCCCACGGUGAAGGAGAUCCUGCAGCGCAUCAAUGAGACAGAGGUUACUGUGGUCGUGGUUUUCGCACUCUUCAAGCCUGCCAGGGACUUUUUCAGUGAAGUCAUCAAAACUAACAUGAGAGCAGUUUGGGUGGGUAGCACAUCUUGGGGACUGCAUGAUCAGGUAACCAGCCUGGAGAAGAUUGACACCGUCGGGACCAUGGUGGUCUUUUCUGACAUGACCGAGAUUCUUUAUCAGUUGGAUGGCUAUGCCAAAGAGCUGUUCUCCAAGCUAGGGAAGCAGAGGGAUGAUAGGAUACGCCAGGGCCGACCACCACAAAAUAUGAAAGCAUCCCCUAGCCUGUUUGACCCCUGCCCUCAGUGCUCAGACUUCUCCCUGGACAACGUAACCCUCCUGACCAACCCCCUCCUCAAGUACACAGCCGCCAGUGUGUACACCGCCGUUUACACUGUGGCACAUGCAAUGCACCGCCUGCUAGGAUGCAACUCCACAACUUGCCACAAGGGGGCUGACCACAAUAUCUACCCUUGGCAGUUGCUGAACGUGAUCAAGAAUGUCUCCUUUAAUGUAAACAGCAAGUUGUUUCAGUUUGACAGUAACGGGAACCCCAACAUAGGAUAUAAAAUAUUCACUUGGGAAUGGCAGAAAGGCAAAUUACAGUUUAAAGAAAUUGGCAGCUUUGACAAGACUCUAAGCAUUGAUGAAAAGCGCAUCAAAUGGUACACACCUAAUUCCAAGGUACCUAAUUCAACCUGCUCUGCCGACUGUGAGCCUGGACAGGUUCGUCGCGUCAAAGGACUCCAUUCCUGCUGCUUCGACUGCAUCAAGUGCAAGGAGGGAACAUUCCACAACAACACAGAGGACAUCCAGUGCACCGAUUGUCCUCAGGGUCAGUGGUCUACACAAAGCAGCACCAAUUGCACCUUUCCCACCUACGACUACCUGUCAUGGAGCAGCCCUGAAUCCCUAGCACUACUGCUGGCGGGACUGGUGCUCCUAGCCUGCCAGGGGGCAGUGGGCGUGCUGUUCCUGUGCAACCGUGGUACCCCCUUGGUCCGUGCCUCAGGGGGAGCAAUGAGCGCCUUUACCCUGCUCAGCCUGAUGGGGGGCUGCGCCAGCGUGGUCCUCUUCCUGGGCAAGCCAAAUGAUUGGGUGUGUUACCUGCAGCAGCCUCUCAAUGCCCUCUUCCCCACUGUUACCCUUUCAACCAUCCUGGCCCUGUCAUUGCAGGUUGUCUGUGUGACGGAGUUUCCUGACCAGGCUCCAGCUCACCUUGACCACCUGCGCGGCCCAGGCAGCUGGCUGCUUGUGCUGGCCCUUUGCGGCGUGCAAGUUGGGUUUUGCGGAUGGUUUGUGAAUGAAGGGCCAUCGCUUUCUCUCUAUGUGGCUAACAUGGAGGUGACAUUUGUGAGGAAGUUCUUGCGCUGCCCUGUUGAUCCUAUGAUAGGGUUCGGCCUCAUGCAGGGCCUCAAUGUCCUGUUGGGCCUGGUCUCCUUUAUGUGCACUUUUAUGGCGCAGAAACCCGCCAAACAGUACAACCUGGCUCGUGACAUCACCUUCUCCACUCUGGCGUACUGUGUGGUGUGGGUGGUCUUCAUCCCCAUCUAUGCAGGCUGGACCAACGAGCAGAAGUCUAUCAGUCACAUGACUGCCAUCCUGAUCAGCAAUCUGGGACUGCUGUCCUCCUUCUUCUUCCCCAAGUGUCACCUGCUCCUGACCAACCCUGAACUCAACACCGCCGAAUACUUCCACACCUUCCUGGAGGGCACCCCACUCACAACCCAGGAAGACCAGGAGGAGUAA